UUUUAUAAUUAGAAGUAUUUUCAUCAUUUUAUUAACCACCCCAAUAUUUUACCAUCGAUAGGAAUUUCCUCCCCAUCUUGACUUUCAAUCCUAACGGGAGAAAAAAAAAAAAUAGAAAACUGGGAAGUAGUACCCCCCUCCUGCUCUGCAAAGUCUCUUUUCGUAAAUCAAGUUCAUUGAAUCAGCCGCUGCAGCAGAAUGGAAAACAUCCGCGUGGGCUUCAUCGGUCUAGGAAAAAUGGGCUCGGCGUUAGCCUACGGCAUAGAAAGGUCCAAGCUCAUUGGGAGUCAAAAUAUUUAUUACCACACACCAGUGAAGAAGGAAGCUCCCUUCGUUUACCUCCAAUCGAAUGAAUCGAUUGCCAAGACGUGCGACAUAAUUGUGCUAGCCGUGAAACCAGACCUUGCUGGAAAAGUACUCCUCGAAAUUAAGGACUACGCAGGCCCUAAAUUGCUCAUCUCCAUUUGCGGCGGCCUGAACUUGAAAACGCUGGAAGAGAUGGUGGGAGUGGCGGCCAAAAUUGUGAGAGUCAUGCCAAACACCCCCUCCCUGGUUGGACAAGGCUCCCUCGUUUUCUGUGCAAAUAAUCAAGUGGACCCAGUCGAUAAAAAAAAGGUAAUAGACAUUUUCAGCGCAUGUGGAGAUAUACAAGAAAUAAAAGAAGCAGACAUGGAUAUAGCAACGGCCAUUUCUGGUUGUGGGCCUGCAUAUGUUUUUUUAUUUAUUGAAAGUCUAAUUGAUGCGGGGGUUAAGAAUGGGCUGAAUAGGGAUGUGGCGAAAAAACUCGUUUUGCAAACGAUCCUUGGAUCCGUUCACAUGGUUAAGGCUUCGAGCCACCCCGUUCAGCAGCUGAAGGAUGACGUGUGUUCCCCCGGUGGGAUUACCAUCGUGGGGUUGGCCACCCUGGAGAAGCACGCAUUCAAAUAUGCAGUCAUGGACGCAGUGGAGAGUGCCUGCCAGAAAUCCAAGUCAAUGCACUGAACGGUGGAAGCAGUUGAGAUACCAUCAACCGUUAUGCGCAAAUGGCGCCGCUGCUACAAGGCGGACACUUUAGCCUUUUCAACAUCCUCAGAGAAGAACUUAAACAUUCGUUCGUCUGAUUUGGGUUAAAUUGACACAAAAAAAAAAGAAAAAAGGGACUAAACAUGGGACAAACAAAAAAGGAAGGGAAACGAAACGUAACGUAACGAAACGAAGUAAAAGGAAAUGACGCGCCAGGGUGUGACGCGGCGGUCAAGGGGUGAGUGAGAGGAUCUCCUGGGGAUGCCACGUCCCCCUAUGGAUCCGCUAAAACCCAAUGUUUUACGCCUCCCGUUUAAAAAAAAUACUUCGGAGCAACUGUAUUAUAUUCUGCUUCUUCCCGUCAGUCGAUUCUGUGCUCAUGGAUUUAAAAAAUUUGUAGUUUAUGUAGUUCAUUUUUACAUCCCCUUUGAGCAGUCUUUUUUUACUUAUCGAUGAGCUGUCCACCAGAUCGGGC